GAUGCCUGAUCGGAAAAUCUCGCAGGCAAGGCCACAACCUCAAGACAGCUGAAGCUCCUGGCCAUCAGGAACAGAGCCAAGGUCCCACAGUCAGUCUUCUUUCCUAGAAAAUGAUUUCUGGGUUUUGAGGAGUUUUCCUCCUGGCAACCCAGAGCUGGCAUUUCGGGAGGUGGUUUCUGGGCCCUACUGUGUGGCGGUCGCAUGCAGCUCCUAUGAGGCCCCUGCCGCCGGUCGGCGAUGUCCGCUUGGAGGUGUCCCCGCCGCCGCCGCUCCCGCUGCCGGCUGUGAGCGGGUCUCCGGUCGGCUCGUCUGGGCGUCUCAUGGCCGCUAGCAAAUCCCUGGUGCCCGACCGGCUGCGCCUACCGCUCUGCUUCCUGGGUGUUUUUAUCUGUUACUUCUACUAUGGGAUCCUGCAGGAAAAAAUAACAAGAGGAAAGUAUGGGGAGGGAGCUAAACAAGAGACGUUCACUUUUGCCUUAACUUUGGUCUUCAUCCAGUGUGCGAUCAAUGCAGUGUUUGCCAAGAUCUGUUUCUCUUGUAUGUUUUUUUGUCUUCUCCUAGUGAUCCAGUUUUUUGACACUGCCAGGGUGGAUCGAACUCGGAGCUGGGUCAAUGCUGCCUGUUCUGUCUCCUAUCUGGGUGCCAUGGUCUCCAGCAACUCAGCACUACAGUUUGUCAACUACCCGACUCAGGUCCUUGGUAAAUCCUGCAAGCCAAUCCCAGUCAUGCUCCUUGGGGUGACACUCUUGAAGAAGAAGUACCCCUUGGCCAAGUACCUGUGUGUGCUGCUAAUUGUGGCUGGAGUGGCCCUUUUCAUGUACAAACCUAAGAAAGUAGUUGGGAUGGAAGAACACGUGGUCGGCUAUGGCGAGCUGCUCCUGCUGUUGUCUCUGACCCUGGACGGACUGACAGGUGUUUGCCAGGACUACAUGCGAGCACAUUACCAAACAAGCUCCAACCACAUGAUGCUGAACAUCAAUCUUUGGUCGACGUUGCUGCUGGGAGUUGGAAUCCUGUUCACUGGGGAGCUCUGGGAGUUCUUGGGCUUUGCCGAAAGGUACCCAGCCAUCAUCUACAACAUCCUGCUCUUUGGCUUGACCAGUGCCCUGGGCCAGAGCUUCAUCUUCAUGACAGUUGUGUAUUUUGGUCCCCUGACCUGCUCCAUCAUUACCACAACUCGAAAGUUCUUCACUAUCUUGGCUUCUGUGAUCCUCUUCGCCAAUCCCAUCAGCCCCAUGCAGUGGGUGGGCACCGUGCUUGUGUUCCUGGGUCUCGGUCUUGAUGCCAAGUUUGGGAAAGGAGCUAAGAAGACAUCCCACUAGAAAGAGAAACUACCUCCACCCUUGAAUGCUUACGUGACUAUCUCCCAAGCUCCUGGGAAAAUGGACUCAGUAGUGAUACAGGACUGGGUUCCAGUCUUGUUCUUUUUUUUUAAA